GGGGGAGGGGCCACUCAAGGCCAGCGCGUGUCCAUGCUGAUCCAAAAGUCCGCUUUGCGUCACCCUGUGAGGACAGGCAGGCUUAUAAAGCAGAGCAACUCACCACAAGCGCACAACACUUGAUUUUUUUUUGUCUUAAGUCGAGAACAACAGAAAACCGACAUCAAAAUGAAACUGUACCUCGCAGUUGCCGUGCUGAUGCUGGCCUUUGUGGCUUACACGGAGGCUCAGGAGGCAGAUGCGACCUACACUAAGAUAAGAGAUCAACUCACAGAAUUUGGCAAGACCUUUGCUGAGAAGGCCAAAAGCACAUUUGAUACCAUCCAAACUAGUGAAUUUGCAGAGACCACCAGGAACUGGUUCACUUCAACAUUUGACAAGCUUAAGACCAAGUUUGACGAGAUGAACAACUAGAUUUGGUUCUUUGCUGCUAUCUGUUCUGCUCCACCGUCACUGCCCCAGCCCACCCCCUCGGCUCGCCAGAUUUAGACACUAAAAAGUCUCAUGACAUUGCACUGCACCUUGACCAGAAGGCUAGCUUGCCUUUCUGUGAAUAAUUGUUGUUACUGUGAUUUUCUGCUGGAGUAAAGUGGAAUUCAAACAAUUUUGGUGUAAUUUUUUUCUGGUGACAAAAUUGUUUUUCAUGCAAACAAAAUAAAAAUCUUUGUAAAGCUGAA